CUCUUCCCUUCGCCCUCCUCCUCCUCGAGCCGGGCGGGAGAAGGGACGCGAUUGGCCCAUCCGGCCGCCGGCCCCGCUUCCUUGCGGAUCACGUGGCCUCUCGUGCAGCUUCACAGGGCGCGGCCGGAAGUGGCGGCUGUGUGCGGGCUGCCGCGCCGGGGUGUGCGCGCCCCCCGCUUUCCUCCCGCCAUGCACCCGCGGCGCCCCGAGGGCUUCGACGGCCUCGGCUACCGCGGAAGCGGCCGGGAAGAGCCAGGCCCCGGGGCCAGGCCCUUCGGCAGCGCCUCGGAGCUGGGCCACUGGGUGAGCAGCCCGCCCGACAUCCCCGGCAGCCGCAACCUGCACUGGGGGGAGAAGACGCCGCCCUACGGGGCGGGGACGCCGCUGGCGGGCACCGGCCUCAACGAGGAGCCCAGCCUCGGGGCGGGCGGACCCGGCGCCGAGCAGUUGAACAGAUUUGCAGGCUUUGGUAUUGGUCUUGCAAGCCUAUUUACAGAAAAUGUAUUGGCACAUCCUUGCAUUGUUCUCCGCCGUCAGUGUCAGGUUAACUACCAUGCCAGAAAUUAUCAUCUCACUCCGUUUACUAUUGUCAAUAUUAUGUACAGCAUCAAUAAGACACAGGGUCCAAGAGCUCUCUGGAAAGGAAUGGGCAGCACUUUUAUUGUUCAGGGCAUAACCCUGGGAACAGAAGGCAUCAUCAGUGAAUUUACACCUUUGCCAAGGGAGCUUUCCCAUAAAUGGAACCUCAAGCAGAUAAGUGGACACCUGCUACUCAAAGGUUUAACACAUGUGAUAGCAAUGCCUUUUUAUUCUGCGAGCCUGAUUGAAACUGUACAGAGCGAAAUCAUUCGAGAUAAUCCUGGCAUCCUGGACUGUGUGAAAGAAGGAAUCGGCAGAGUUGUAGGUAUGGGAGUACCCCAUAGCAAGCGUCUCCUUCCUCUGAUGGUCUUGACUUUUCCAACUGCUCUACAUGGAGUUCUUCACUACGUCAUCAGUUCUAUCAUCCAGAAGAUUGUUUUGUUCAUUCUGAAAAGGGAUAAUUCCCACAACCUUCCAACUGAGAGCUCUACUUCUGUGCAGAGCAUGCUGGAUGCAUAUUUCCCAGAACUUAUAGCUAGCUUUGCUGCUAGCCUUUGUGCUGAUGUCAUGCUUUAUCCACUGGAAACAGUUUUACACCGCCUUCAUAUUCAAGGGACACGCACAAUAAUUGACAAUACAGACCUUGGCUAUGAAGUGCUUCCCAUCAAUACCCAGUAUGAGGGAAUGAGAGACUGCAUAAAUACUAUAAAACGGGAAGAAGGAAUGCUAGGUUUUUAUAAAGGAUUUGGAGCUGUUAUAGUACAAUAUACCUUGCAUGUGGCAGUUCUACAAUUUACCAAAAUUAUUUACUCAACACUGCUGCAAAAUGUUUCUUAAUCUGUUCAAAUGUGGAUUCAGCACAGUGGUUUGAUUGACUUACUAACCUAAUUAUUGUUUAAAAUGGCUUAGAAACUGAAGUUUGUAGAAUCCAUUCUGUAGAUUUUUCUUGCACUGUAAAAUUCAUUUAAAAAAUGGGGAUAUAGUUUCCGAAGUGUAACUUAAAGUACUGUUUAGUUUGAAAACUAUAGAGACAUUGUAUGUAUUAUGUGCAGUUGUACAGCAGGGACUUGGAUUUUGAAUGUUUGGAGUGAGGAUUUGCCUUUCCUCUUACUAGUUAAUUCCUUAAGAGGAAUGGAUAUAAAUUCUUAAUGUCUGCUUUAUAAACAUUGCAUCUGAUACUUAAUAUGGACUGCUAGCCAGUUCAAAAAAAGUUAUUUUCAUAAGCUGUAAAAAAUUGCAAGGGGGAUACUGGUGUGUUUACUGGUCUUCUAAAAAUGUUUUCAACUUCCCUGGUAAUGCAGCUGUGAGCAAAAUAGAAGCUGUAGAGAAGUAACUGAAGUAGACAAAUGUCACUAUUUACAAGUACAUAGACUUCUCGCUUCACUGCGGUGUGACAGAAGACAGAGGAAUCUUGCUUUGUGAAGAAUAACAAAAACUUGGAUUUAGGCAAAAUUGCACAGAAUGCAGAUUUGGCUGUCUCGCAGUUGGUUUGCACUUACAGUAACUAAAGUGUGUGAAUAAAGCAAGUUAGAAACUCAUGUGUGCACGUGUAAGUGCCAUUUUUAGUCAACUUUCCACUUAUAGCUACAGAGUUUAGUUUUACUCUGCUACUUUGUAUAAGAGUAGAAUAGCCUUACAAGUGUAUGUUGUAUUAACAUUCGAAGUGUAUAGAGAGUGUAAAAUUGGGUAUUUCUGGAAUUUCUCAUUUGUUAAGUCACUGAGGUAUGUACACAGUUAUCUGAUUACUAUUUUGCACUGCUGUCCUUCAUUUGAAGUCUCUGCUAGAUUAGAUAUUUUCUGGAGCAGAAUUAAGUCUAUGUGCAAGUAAACUAUUGAAAUUUACUAUUUUUGCCCUUUUCCCCUAGUAAAUCAAGACUUUCAGUCUGAAAAUGAGUGCUGAUCAGAUCUAGUCCUUGGUUUCAUUAGCAGAUAUCAUGAAAGUUGGAGAGGACUGGGGUUUAUUUUUCCAAAUAAAACAAGCAUGCGGAGAGUUGCUUUUAAAUUGUAUGAGAGGCUGCUACCUUCUUCACACUUUCGCGUGGCAAGUCUGUCUUUGUGAAGGCUGUAAAUUUAUGUGCAUUUUAAUGAUUAAUUGUUGUAUAGUACUUACCACUUACAGGAAAUGAUCAUGGCAAAAUACUGAAAGGUGUUGCUGUCUAUAAGUUAUGGCUUUAAAUCAUUUGCAGGUCUGCUUUCCUAUUAAUCUAACUUUCAUGUAUUUUAAAUGCUUAAGCAUUGGAAUGGAAAGUAUAGUGAACUUGAGAAAUGGUUUUAUUUUGAAAUAUUGUUAACUGCAAAUUUAGUGUAUAGAAUGGAAGCAAUGAAAUAAAAUGAGAAUUCACUAAG